AGCUUCUCCGGCGGCGUUGCCUGCCUACUACUCUAUCGAGCAAAAGAGCCCUGCCGGUGGCCGAGGUCGCCGUCGCACGAUCGCGACGUCGCCGUCACGCUGCAGCGGCGGCGCGGUUGGGUCCACGUGGCGCGCACCGCGGGCGCUGGCGGUGCAAAUGGGGCUCGGUGGCCGUGGCCUCACGCUCCGUCACCGAGCGAGCGAGAGACCUAAUCCUGAACCGGGUCGCAUUCGGGGAAUGUCUUCCGGCCUGCCGCUAAUUCCGUGGCGUAAUCAUGCCUUUUGCAUUAGCCGGCCGGGAUCUGCUUUUGCGUUGGGCGGUGACUCAUGCCAUCAUCCUGAAAUCUCGCUAUAAGAACCCAUGCGCCGGGUGUUACAUGGACGCCAUCCCUGAACCUGGUCUCUCCUCUUGGCUUGGCUGCCGCCUUGCCGCAUUGGCGAAUCCAGAGGUUGCGGCACCUCGGUGAGAGCUGACCUCCACCUGAUGAGCAACAUUGCUCCGAUGGCCUCGCGGGCGCUCGCCGCGUGGCGGCAGCUCGUGCUCCUCGCUCUGCUGCCGCACCUCCUCCUCCUCCUCGACGCCGCCGCCGCGAGGCAGUGCUUCUGGCCGGGGCAGGCGCCCGAGGACCCCGGCUGCCUGAGCUGGCGCGUCAUGGUGGAGGCCAACAACGCCCGGGGGUGGCGCACGGUGCCCGCGCAGUGCGUCGGCUACGUCAAGGGGUACAUGACGCGGGGCCAGUACCUCAGGGACCUGGCCGGCGUCAUGGAGCAGGCGGCCGACUACGCCGACCAGGUCGCCGCCGGCGCCGGCGCCGACCCCGAUGGCCUCGACGCCUGGGUCUUCGACAUCGACGACACCUGCCUCUCCAACCUGCCCUACUACGAGACCAAGCAGUUCGGGGCGUACGAUCCGUCGGCCUUCAAGGCGUGGGCGAGCAAGGAGGCCUGCCCGGGGAUACCCCCGGUGCUCGGGCUGUUCACGGCGCUGCUGGACAAGGGCUUCAAGGUCUUCCUCCUCUCCGGCCGAGACGAGGAGAUCCUGGGCCCGUGCACGGCCGGCAACCUGGAAGCAGAGGGCUUCUCCGGGUACGAGAGGCUCAUCAUGAGGACCCCGGAGUACCGAGGGCAGAGCUCGUCGGUCUUCAAGUCGGCGAUGAGGAAGCAGCUCGUCGACGAAGGCUACAGGAUCCGCGGGAACGUCGGGGACCAGUGGAGCGACCUGCAGGGCGACUGCGCCGGCGACCGCGUGUUCAAGAUACCCAACCCCAUGUACUUCGUCCCCUGAAGCAAUUUUUUUUUCUCAGCCUUGACCUGCCUGACUGAGCUCAUCAGGAAUUCAGGAUCAAACAAGCUAUGUAGUGAAAAAAACGUUAUGUAAACGGAUGGCAAAUGUGGAAGAAGCACAGGCCGUAAAGCAAAUAUAAUCGAAGAAGAAGAACCUUCUUCUUUUA